AUGGAGCAGGCGAAACAUGCUUUGAUCGAUCCUCUGAUCGAGCCAGACCCAAGUGACGAGACUGGAUUGAACACACGCUUUCGGUCCACUUUUGCACCUGCAGAACCUAUUACACCUCCUGGCUCAGAUGGAAUCACAAAAGACCUUGCAUCCUUAAAUAUUCGAGAGCAAAGAACGGGGAGUUCUGUGGAGACCAACCCGUACCGUCGAUCAAGAGCAUCUUCAGACACAAAAAAUCCUUUUGGAACACCUCGUGAGCGCUCAAGCCCCAAGAAUGAUAGGAGGCACAAUUAUCCUUCUCCUCCCCAAUCGGCUAGCCCUCGUCGUGAGAACUUCCUCCGGCCUCACGACUAUCGCUCAGAAAUUCUGGGGCACUUGAAUGAAGGUCGUCCUCGACGAUCGAGCAGUCCUGGUAAACCGACCUUUCAGACGAACGCACAUGCUCGCAGAGGAUCACUACGGGAACGCUACCCUGGUGACACGUCCAACCGGCCCCUUGACCAAAUCCGUAAAGAAGUGAAAGUUGCUCAUCGUGCUCCUCAUCUUAGAAAGAAGAACUUUCAAGGCGCCGACGUCAUCGACCGUCUCGAUCGCGCGGGAUUCUCCCAGUACCAUCACGAAGGCCCGUAUGAUGCCGCCAGUCUUGCGCGAAACAGGAAUGAAAAGUACAGUCCAGUCGCAGCGGUUCGGGAAUCCAACGAGGAGGCAUUGAGGGCCACUCCAGAGGAGAAUAUCAAGGACGCUCUGACCCGCCACCGUCCACUGGAAGGCGUCGCAAACAUUCCACCAGGCAUGCCUGAUCGUUUCGGCAGAGUUCUUCACUAUCAAGAAGGCGCUGACCUACAGCGUGAACCUGGCGGCGACUACCGCCGAUGGCCUGGACAGCACUACCACCCCGACGACCUCAAAGGCAAAGGUGAACCCUCCUUCACCAUUGAAAAGGCUCUCAAAGACCACAAGCGCCUCGGCGCCACGGGAACCGAAUUAUCAACUCGCCACUCCCGCAGCAAGAGCACUGGCCACCCAGACGCAGCACUCCUUUCUCCCGCUGGCCCCUAUACGGCCGACGCCUCUGGUAUUGGCCAAAGUGGCUUCAAUGGCCUUAGUAUGGGCAGUAGCCUAAAGAAACGCUUUGGCAGCAUGCGUCGCCGCAAGCAGGAAGUCGAGACGUAG